AAUUGAUAAAACAGACCUCAUAAUUCAUAAUGUCAUAAUUAGUCUAACAAAAUGGUGCUUUGUGCAUUAUUUUACACCAUCCUUGAGUAUAUUGUGGAUAAUAUUAUUAUAUGUUAUUGUAUAUAGCCAUUAUAUGGAUUUCUUUGCUAACGAUAGGAAAAGUUCUGUCACAGCUGCCAUUUCCGAGAACCCAUCGCAGCCACUUUGGUUACUGAAACCACAUGAAGAAAGAACAGUAGUACUAGCAGGAUAAAGUAAGUCUCCUGUGGGCAUACAUUUAGUGUGCAAUUGAGUGUGCCUUUCAGUGUGCCAUUGAGACAGAGCUGCCGCAAUUUGUGUUGUGAAGGGUGCAGGGGUUUGCUUUGCUUGGCACCAUAGGAAAAAGUGAAACCAGGCAAAUUGAACAGGCAAGAGCCGCUUUCAUUCUAGCUGGUCUGGAUUCAAUCACUCCUGACAGCACUUUCCCGUCUCUUGGGAUAGUGAGGCAAUGCAGUGAAGAUGAGGCUUUCGUUUCUCCCUUAGUGAUACUUUUGACCGAGCAGGAUUCUCAUAUAGAGUGUAAGGAUUGACUAGGCUUUUUUCCUUAAAUAAAUCCGUUUUCAUAUUGUAAUAUGCCCAGUCUAUUUGUGUAAUCCUGGCUGCUUACCUCAUGCUAACAGACAUGUCAGCAGAUGUGAACUGAUAUCACACUAACCUAAGUACAGGGAUUUCAUCCCAAAGAAUCAUCUACAGUUUUACUUGGCACGGCCCAAUAUUCACUGCCUAUCCAGGAAAACAAUUGUUCACUUGGGGAGGAUUGUGGGUGUUGCCAAAUGUUCUAUUAUGGCAAUGAUGCAUGGGGUUACUAUGAUGUAAAUAUGAAACCAGCUGAACUAUAUUCAUACUCUAAAUAUUGCUCAAGGUGAUUGAGUCAAGAAAUGGCAAUUCAGUAUAUAUCCAUAUAAGGCUAAAAGUGCAUAAAUCUGGAUAUAUUUGGAUAGUCAUGUUACAAUUACUCCUUGUUAUUUUCUGGGGCUGCUUUCACAUGUGUUAACAGCAAGCUUGACCUACUCCUCACUUGUCACAUACAGGCUGUGUCAUGAUCACAUGUCAGAGAUGUCUUGGUUGCCAUGGUUCCCCAUAUCACAGUGACCUUGGACACCGAUCUGUGUUGCGUAGCCGAUGCAGAAUAUAGGCCUACAGACGGCCAUUACAUGCUUGUUAUCUAGUUGGCUGGUUAGAUGUGUAGAGGGGAUGUACACAUCUUCAUGGGCCUAUGACUUAUAUAUGUCAUGAGACACAAUAAAUGCACAUGCUUUUAAAAACUGACAUAGGACUACAGGACUGGGACUGGCGCCCUGGCUGGCUGGAGUUCCCUUUCUGUUUCUGGAGUGUGAGAGGAAAUCCUGAACAAAUAGGCGUGACCUGCCUGUCCAUGGCCACCGUCUCAGCCCACGGCGCGACAUGGAAUACAGUGAAGUAUCGGAGUCCUGCAGUCCUCAUGUAGACUAUGGGUGUCCAGGACCCCAGCUGGUAGAGCAAGUCAUCCAUGUAAGAAGGGAUUUAUCUAAUGACAACUCUAGAGGUGAAUCUUUUUAAGAAUGAAAGAAAGUAUUGGCCAUUGGAUGUUUUCUCAUACGCAACAUUAGACAGGGAGUUGAGGUUCAGUGGAAUUGAGCUAUUAAAGUGCCCCUCAGAACUUAGCUUGUUUUCCUGCUUCAGUGUUAGUUGUUAUUUUAACACCUCUGUUAACUGUUUGUUCCUUUUGGGAGAAGCAGAAAGAUCCUACUGACUUUGAAGUGGAGGCGAUCGGGCUGAUAGGCAGUAGACACUCAUCCUAUCUAUUUCCAUCUCUCUCUCUCCCUCCUCUUUCUCUCUCAUAGUCACACACACACACACACACACACAGAGUAAGGGAGAGAGAGAGAGUGUGACUGAAGAGAGCGUGCCAGGCAUGUGAGAUGGGGCAGUAGGCAGGAAAGGAGAGGGUGUGGGAAUCGUGAAAUGUCAUUGUGAGAAGCAUUCACUGUGGCCAUGUGAUGCACUGCAGAAGCUAGUUAGCAUUGCUAUGCUUCCUGAAGGAGGGCUUCUGAGUUUGCUCCCUCAGAGCAGCUCUCUGAGAGGGACUCCUGGGCUGUGGGACGUUCCCUUAUUUUAGUUGGCCCCUCGGCAAUUUUGGACUGAGACCAGUAUACAUUAAAAAAAAUAUAUAUUCACUCAGUGCCAACUCUGCAUAAGGAUAGAAUGGUGGUAAUGAGCUGAAAUUCUCUCUCUGUUGGGCUAAUGUAAACAGUGUAGCUGCAGCUGAAGGUAGAGGGUCUGGAGCUUCAGAAAGUCAGGGCAGCAGGGUAGUGAUGCCUGUUCUCAUGGGAUCCUUCUGCCUGUCUGUAGUAGUCUUCUGAGAAAGACUGGAUUCAAUCUCACUAAAAGGUGGGCAGCAAGGAUAUUGCCAAACUAGUGAAAAAGAAACGAGUUUCCAAGGUUGAGACGGAGGGGAUCUCAGUAAAUGGCACAAAGGUGGAGCAGAUGGAGGACACCUCUGCGGCUGAAGAGAAAGAGGGUGACUCAUCUCAAGGCCACACUGCCCCGCUGGAUGCCCUCCCUCCAGCCCAGAAGGGUGCAGCAGCGCCCCUCUUGGAGAAAGAGCUUGGGACCUCAGAUACCGAUGCACUUACUAGUCAGAGCCUUUCACUGAAUUUACCUAACGGUUCUGGGAACCACGUAGGUGGGGAUGCCGGGUGUGCUUCCCCGUCCUUCGAGAGAGCGGACGGCGUCCUCUCCCAGGCCACACCCAAGGCCCUCCCACUGAAGAAAAUCAAGAUGGAGGAGCCGUGGGUAUUUACAGAAAAUCAGACAUCGUCACAUUCAGAAAGCGGUGAUGGCUAUGAGGAUGCACUGUCUACUUUGGCAGCUGUGGUAUGCUUUUCCCUAACUGAUAGAAAGGCCUUGGAGGAGAGGUUUUUCGGCCCUCGACCUUCAGUUGUGUGCGCAUUGAAGACCGAACCAGAGGACUCUUCACACCAGUCAUAUCAGAAAUCUGUUUGCGUCAGUCCGUUCACUGACACACUCCUGGAGCAAAACAACUCAGACAAAUGUGUCAAUGACUCUGGGAGUCCUUUACCAAGUGUUCAGUCUUUGGUGGAGCAGAGAAACCUAAGCAUGGAGCAGGCCAUAGCUAUCGAGGCCCUGACUCAACUGGCUGCCUUGCCUCAAAAUAUUCCCAUAAAAAUGGAAAAUGGUAUUCUGGAUACCAGGUCAGAAAGCGAAACAGCUGCAAACGUCUCGUCAAGAAGAAACAUACCUCUAUUGGAAGCUAAAUCAAUGUCAGAUGUUGCUUCAAACAAGGUCUCCGUGAUCAGUUCAUCACAGCACCAGACCUCAGUCAUUCACAGCCCUUUAAACAGGCAAGGUAACCCCAGCCACCACAGCGCAUGCACUUCAGACAAGCUGUCUUUGCAGCACCUCCUGAAAGCUAGUUCAGAUUGUGAAAAGCUACCCCUCAUCCCAGAGAAAGGCCUGAAGCAGACAGCUGGCCAAGCACUUUGUAAAAUGGAGAAGUCAGAGGGCACUUUUAAGGAGUACAAGCAGUCGGAGAGAAUGCCAGGCAGAAGCUCGAGGAACAAGGAUGAGGAGGAGGUGGCCAUGCAGUUGGCACAGCUUGCAUUUAUAAUUGAGUCUCGCCAAAAGCAGACACCGUCGGUCCAUCUCUCCCCAUGCUCAGAGAAUAAUCCCCCAAAGGGAGUGCCUGUUGUUCAGGCCAUCAAGUACAACAGUCAUUCACUAGCACAAAACUUGAAAAAGACCCCUUUGAAAAGAGUGAAAACAAUGCCCUCAAAACCCAGAGUUUCCAAAAAGAAAGCACUUGAGAUGAAUGGAGACCCCAUGGGCGAGUCUCUGACGAACCCCAGGACCCCUCUAUCUAGAAGAACACCCAAUGGCAAGACUCCCCCUAAGGCCAAGGGUCAGAAAGCCUUCUCUCAGCAGAAUAUGAGUUUAAACCUCAAAAGGAACCCAUUUCUUCCCCAGAUUCAAAUAGACUUAAAAAAGUACAUUGCAGAAGCACACUUACAACGGGAGAAACGUCAGCUCUUAUCUUUCAGCGGCCCCCUCAAGGGAGAGCACUUGGAGUCCCAGGCUCCUCUGGGCCUGGGCAACAACAGUAUGAGCCAUUUGAGAACAGGACCCAACACUCUUAAUCAUUCCCAUGAAAAACACCCAAUGCUACAUCCAAAUGGACAUCACAUCCAAGAGAAUGGCCACGGAGACGGUGCACAGGAGGGGAGGCGUGAAUGUGGAAACCAGUCGAUUUCUCAGGUAUUCAGGUCCUGUGAUAUGCUGAAUCCUAGUGCUAGGCCUCAGGGUCACCCCAGUGUACCCAGCUCUCCUGGUGCCGUUUCCACCCACCAACCUGGCAUAGACAGCAAAACAAGCCGCUAUUCCAAUGACCAGCAACAGCUUUGCAAAGAUCAAGAGGCGUAUUACAAAGUGGAAACAUCUGGCUCGGUCACUGUUUUGUCGACGUCGACUAUAAAUGUAGAAACAGGGGUAGAUUAUGCCAGAGAACACACUUCUUCUAAGGACACACUCAACAGCUUCCUGGAGUCCCCUCUGAAGUUCUUGGAUACACCGACUAAGAAUUUACUUACUCCACCUUCCAAAAAAAACAUAGAGAUGCCCACCUGUGACUGCAUGGAGCAAAUCAUAGAGAAAGAGGAAGGUCCGUUCUACACACACCUUGGAUCGGGCCCAAGUGUAGCAGCCGUAAGGGAACUGAUGGAGAACAGGUAUGGACAGAAAGGGAAGGCAGUGCGUGUGGAAGUCGUGGUGUAUACUGGCAAAGAAGGCCGCAGCUCUCAGGGCUGCCCAAUUGCCAAAUGGGUGAUCCGGCGGGGCAGCGAGGAGGAGAAGCUGCUGUGUCUGGUGCGCCAUCGUACGGGGCACCGCUGCCAGGACGCCGUGGUGGUCAUCCUCAUCCUGGCCUGGGAGGGGAUCCCACGCACCGUGGCCGACCACCUGUACCAUGAGCUCACCCAGACGCUGUGCAAGUAUGGCUCCCCCACCAGCCGCCGCUGCGGCCUCAACGAAGACCGCACAUGUGCGUGCCAGGGCCUAGACCCAGAGACCUGUGGAGCCUCCUUCUCUUUUGGCUGUUCCUGGAGUAUGUACUUCAACGGUUGCAAAUUUGCUCGCAGCAAGAUCCCCAGAAAGUUCCGACUGCUUGGAGACUACCCAAAGGAGGAGGAAAAACUGGACGAUAACCUUCAGCACCUAGCAACAGACUUAGCCCCGCUGUACAAACAGCUUGCACCAGAGGCCUUUCAAAACCAGGUGGAGAACGAGCAUCUGGGCCGAGACUGCAGACUGGGUGUGAACCAGGGUCAGCCGUUCUCUGGGGUGACAGCAUGCGUGGACUUCUGUGCUCACGCACACAGGGACACACACAACAUGAACAACGGGAGUACUGUGGUAUGCACUUUAACUAAGGAGGAUAACCGGGCAGUGAGGAAUGUACCAGAAGAUGAGCAGCUGCACGUCCUGCCCCUCUACAAGAUCUCUGACACGGAUGAGUUUGGCCGAGCGGAGGGCCAGUGGGCCAAGAUGCAGACCGGUGCCCUGCAGGUGCUGUCGGCCUUCCCAAGGGAGGUGCGGCUGCUGGCUGAACCAGUCAAGUCGGCCCGCAAGAGGCGCCUGGACGCCAAGAAAGCCUCUGCAGAGAAACAACAAAACAACCAGGAGAAGAAGCAGACCACCCCAGGCAAAGUCAAGAGUGAGCUCUUCAAGGGGACUCCUGACAGAGGUUACAAAAGCAACUCUGUGGAGCCAUCCCCCUUGGUCAAAACAGAGCCUCAGUCAUAUUCCAUCCCCCUGCGGACAACAGGUGUGGGGAACUAUCCACUGGACUACAACCCCUCACACCCUUUUAACCACAACCGUGAGUAUCCCACCCCUCCUGGAGCCAACAGCCAGCCUAUGGAAGCACUUUCCUCACAUGAGUCCAGCCGAUCUUCUCCCAAGUGUGGGUUUGUCGGAGGAGGAUCAUGGAACUACAACAACGACUCCAGGCCUAGUGGGUGUCCACAGCCUUCUGACCAACGACUGCUGGAACCUCGGCCGGCUGUCUCCCCCCUGACCACAAAGGGUUUCCGUGACUACCCUCACCCUCACACAUUCAAGUCAGAGCCAGAUGAGGUGCACUGCUCUUCUUUCUUGAGAGUCCCCACUCCUGGUGAGAGCACGCCCCCGCGUUCGCUCUACCCUCACCCAGCUGAAGGUCUCCAAAGCAGACUCAACGGGUACCACCGGGGCCCACUGGCACAGGGCACUCCUGGCGAUCAGGGCAGCCCGCUCCCUCCCCAGACUCCCCUCAUCCCCGAGGCUGUAAAGGCCGAGGAGGUGUGGUCGGACAGUGAGCAUAACUUUAUGGAUGGGGACAUCGGGGGUGUGGCAGUGGCACCCUCCCACGGCUCCAUUCUCAUCGAGUGUGCCAGGCGGGAGAUGCACGCCACCACGCCAAUACUGCGGCCCAACCGCAGCCACCCCACACGCAUCUCACUGGUCUUCUACCAGCACAAGAACCUGAAUGAGCCAGGACACGGCUUGGCAGUAUGGGAGGCCAAGAUGGCGGUGAAGGCGCGGGAAAAAGAGGAGGAGGCCGAGCGGCUGGCGUUGGGGGGCGGCGUCGGACCCUUGCUGAGCCCCUCCAAGGCCAAUGGCAGGAGAGGCAGGCCAGCAGGAGAGUGCCCAAGUGAGGACACAGAGGAGUCCUGCUCUGAGGAGAAAGAGCUGGCCCAGGUGCCCACACGCUGGGCACAAACGCUCCCACAGGACAGGGUCAUCACAGUGUCCCCCUACGCCCUGACGCAGGUCACAGGCCCCUACAACCGCUGGAUGUGACUGCUCCUUUCCACCAUCACUCGUUUAUGCUACUGCCUUACCUCAAUCAAUUUACUCUUUCAUUUGUGUUUUUAAUGCAUUGAUAUUGUCAAAUUAUGUUUCAUCUCAGCUUUUUAAAAAUGUUGUUGGAAAAAAAAAAGAUUUUUUUUUUUUUUUUUUACUGUGAGUUUGGUGUGUCCUUGAUGGUUUUAUAUUGUAAAGAAAUGGUGCUUUCAGAAGACUUGGUUUUAUACAAAGACAUGAAAUAGAGCAUAAAAUGUGAUUAUUUAUUCAGAUCAUUGUCAAAACUAUUUUGUAAUUUAAUUUCUGGUGCAAGCCUGUUAACUGCAAUUGUACUAUGUAAAACAACAUUUUACUUGCGAGUAGGAAACACUCAGAAUGAACAUUGUUUUUUAAGCAGUGGGUGCUCUCUUCUGAAGUAAAGUAAUGAAUUAUUUUUGGUGCCAUUGUAGCAGUGACUGGUAAUUACAUGAGAAAUAAAAAACUAAAUAUACAGUACUUAUAGCAAGUAUCACCAUAGGUGGUUGUUUUAAAACAUUCAUGUAGCAUUUCAGUUUCAUUGUUCUACUUCUGUAAUGCAUUUGGUAAUGAAGGUACAUGCUACGUAUUCUGUUUGUUUUGGCUGUCAUGGUUUGUUUUCAUUGUACAUGUCAUUUUUAAAAGCACUUUUACUUUCAGAGCAACUUGAAAAAUAUAAAUUUCCAAUAUGCACAUGCUUUUACCAUCACGUCUGUCAUCCCCUUCACAGUACUUUUGCUUUUUGUAGGUGCUUUUAAUUUUCACACUGCGUACUUAUCAAAGCAAUAAUCACAUAUGGUUAUAUGCUGCAUUAAGUUUCAGAUGUUUUAUAAAACACUUUAUGACUGGCACAAUCAUGUAGAUUUCCAACCUGUAAGGUUUUACAAUUCCCAAAGUGUUUGAACAUAACUUGAAGGAAAUAACAUCACACCUAGAUGUCAGAAAUAUCUACUCAUUUAAUGUAUGAUUGUCACUGGUGCUUUAAAGACCCCUAAUAAACUCUUGACAUGUGACACCACUUCACAGAUUAAUGUUGCAGAGUAGAUUUUAUGAUUUAAGAUAAAUUAUGAGAAAUACUUUCUGUACUUUCACAUGCAAAUUAUUCCUUUGUUUACUACACUCUGUAAUUUUUCACUUCAGAAGUGAAACCUUCUGUGUGGAAAAAAAAGACUUUGGUUAAGAUCAGUUGGGAAGAUUGGCAAAAUGUUUACUUGAUCUAAAUCAGAAGUUAUACUUCUCCAAGGUGCUAGAUUUUGUGACAUUCAUCUAAUCCUAUCUAGCAAUGGAACUGUUCAACGAUUGAGGAAGUCAUGUAAUGUAAGUUCCAAACAAAAAUGAUAUGUGUUGAAUGACAAGUCUUUACAAGUUUUAACUGUCAAAAGUGAAGUGACCAUACUGUUUGUGGAUGAAAUGAACGUCCACGCUCUCCCAGUGAAACAAGUGUAGUAACCAUCUGUCAGCACCUACUUGAACGACAGCAGUGACUUGUCUAUUGUCUACUGAGACUUCAGUCACCCUCAGAACACAUGGUCAGCACAUGGCCAUUAAGCUGUACUGGUGAAUGUUUACUGUUCAGGUGGCAGCUUAUUACAGAGCAAGAGAGAAAGUCAGAGGUGCUUAAAUUUCAGAUCUAAUGCCGUCAAUGACAAAUCACAAGUGAGUGGUGCUUUUUAGUUCACUUUUCCUCUCUGGUCCCAUCUGUAUCAGCAACACAGAAACAAACUCAUGUAACUAAUUGCAAUGUCAUUUGGCAUGGGUACCUGCUCUGAACUGACUUAUGGCAAACUUCUAUAUUAGUGUUGAUUUUGUAACAACAAAGCUAAAUUCAAUCCUACUCUGAGUUCCUGACUGAGUUCGGUUAUUUAGUCUUAUGUUUCCUCUGAAAUGUGAAGAAUGUCAUUCAAACAUUAGGUUACUAUGCCUGUGUGACAGGUCAUCAUACAACAUGACCUCUGUGGCAUUUGUUGGGUCAUGAGACACGAUUUAAAAAGAUCACUUGUAUUUACUGUUUCAAACACUUGCACUUUUUAGUUGUCUUGCCCUGGUCAUAAACCUUUUUCUGAUCAACCUUGCAAUGCUUUGGAUUUUUUGAGAAAAAAUAUAAUUAAACUGUAUGUCAAAUAUAUGUCAUAUGCAUUAUGUUUUUUUUGUACAGUCUACGAUGAACAACGGUUCUUUAGAUAUACAUACACACAACUCCUUAAGUUUACUUCAUAUUAUUAAAAAAUUGGAAAUGAA